AUGAGCAACAACGAAUAUGGACCUCGUAAGAGGCGGAAGCUAUCACCGCCAGAGCCUGGAGCAUACGUGCUUCGACGUGUCCUUGACAAUAUCCCUCUUAAGGCGGAAGACGAGGAUGAGGACGUCUCGAUUGAAUGUGUCGAGUACUGGAACAACAAUCUGUAUAUCGGCACUUCUGCCUCCGAGAUCCUGCAUUUCGUAGCGUUACCGGCCGAUCCGUCGGAUGAGCCAUCACCGCCAACCUUCAUACUCGCUUCAAGACUACAACCAAGUGGCCAUGAUCUCCAGAAAGAUGCUCUCGGGCGACGGGGCGUCCAGCAGAUACUGCUCAUACCCUCAUCGUCCAAAGCAUGCGCCUUGUGCAAUGGUACAGUGUCAUUCUAUUCUCUCCCUGAGCUAAGUCCUGCGUUUCCAAACAAGGAGCCCACCAACGUGCAAUGGAUUGGAGGAAUAGAUCAGAAUCUAGAUCUCUCCGGUGGACAGGAACCCGUGCUGAUGAUAGCAAACUCCAAGAGGAUAUUGUGUGUCCGUAUCGGUGACAAGCUGAGACCGGCUGGAGCCAACAUCGAUUUCCCAGGGUGUCUGAGGUCUACGAGGCGCGAUACUAUUGCCUGUGUCGCGGACUCGAAAGGGUACUCUCUGCUUGAAGUCGAGCACCGACAGAAGAUCCCAUUGUUUCCCAUCGCAUCCGAUGCUGUCGGCGAAGAGUUGCCCGAUGACAACGCACCAAAUCGGGAAGCCUCAAGAUCGCCGCCAGAGGGAGCCGGCCAUGGCCGUAGCACGAGCCUCGGCAACGUGAUCGGCUCUGCUGCCGACCGCACUCACAGUCCCAGACCCUUGUCGACACCCGAUGGCAGGCUCCUCCCGCCACGAUUCGACAGCGCACAAGGCCGAGACCAGAGUCAAUCGCCGUCUAGAGCUGGUACCGAGAGUCCCACUAGCAGACAACGCUCAUCGACCGACAGCCUGCCCACGCGACCUAAGAUCGAGACCCAGAAGAAUACUUCGGGCGCGCUUAAGCCGCAUAUCGUCACGCCGUUGCCUUCUGAAUUUAUGCUUACUACUGGCACCAGUCCUUCGGAGCCGGGUGUUGGCAUGUUCGUGAACGUUGACGGGGAUGUCGUCCCUCGUGGCACUGUCGAGUUUCCCUCGUAUCCAGAAGCGAUCCUCGUGGAUAACAAAAAGCCUCCGAAUCCUGAGGCGCCGUCUCCUGAUGAUGAGCAGCAGGUCAUCGUCGCAUUACUCCGCCGUGAGGUUGGCGGAAGAGAAGUCAUUGGUCUGCACAUACAAGCCCUGCCGGAUGAAUCUGCUGCGGUCCAUUCUCCGCCUUAUCUGAUGCAACUGCCCACAACGGCCGUCUCCCCAUCGUCUGGAUUGCAUCGGGCUCUCGAUAGUCAAGACUGCGAUUUUGCAGAUGUGCCGGAGCUUAUGCGUGCUGUCCCAGUCAGGCUGAACAAAGAAGGCGUUUUGUCAGAGUAUGAUGCCGCAGAGCCGGAUCCACGUACAAGCUCCGCUGUUCAGCAGCAUGAGGAAGAAAAAGCACUUUUCGAGAAUAGCAACGGAGCAGCAACGCCUCCCGAGGAACGCAUCGAAGUCAUCACCAAACGUAUCGACGAAGAGUGGAAGUUUGUGAAGUCCUUCGGCAAGAGCAGCAGUCGCCAGAUGCUGUGGAGUGGUGAACAUCUGUGGCAUAUUGUGCCAAAUCCAUUGCUCCUACAGCUCGAAGCUCGAAUUCAGAAUGCGGUUGACCGAAGCGAGGCUCGUCGGGUAGAUGCGAAAGCUCUCUUAAGUCUGCUGGCCAGUCUACGUGGGCGAGAGGCGAUUGACGAAGUCGAGUUUCUGUCACUCAGCUAUAUUCGACAGAAGGUCAGUCUGAUCCUCUUCAUACAUCUAAUGAGCCUCUUCGCCUCCAAGGACGACCUGGCAGAAAAUCAGUCUGCUAUCGAAAACGCCAUGCUCGAGAGCAUGCUGGAUCCACGCGUGGUCCUACUGCUGAACCCGCCACUGGCAUUAGAAGUCAGCCAGGGCAAGCAGGGUAUGUGGCUGCAACAAGGAAUAGCCGACGCCUGCUCUUCUUUCCAGUCUCCUAUCCCAGACUUCAAGGAUGCACCAAUAGAAUUCUGGAUGAUGAUCCGUCACUACCUGACUGCAUGGCAGGAGAAGCGCGGCUAUGGGAGCAUCACAGACGAAAAACUCGUCUUCGACUCGGUCGAUUCUGCGCUACUUCUGACGCUCCUUUAUCUCGACCACGCUCUGCCUCGCAAUAGUGGCGUGCAGGCAUCAGUCAGAGCCAAACUCAACAACGUGGUCGACCAUUGGAAAGGCGACUUCGACCGCGCCGUCUCUAUGCUUGAGCGCUACCAGCGUCUUUAUGUACUCAGUCGCCUCUAUCAAUCUAAGAAACAGGCAAAGCACGUCCUGGCCACCUGGCGGCGCAUCGUAGAGGGCGAAGCCGACCAAGACUACCCGCCCAACUCGCCUGAUCUCGAACUCCAAAUCAAGCGCUACCUCACUGUUAUCCGGGACACUCAGCUCAUUCAGGACUAUGGUAUCUGGCUCGCACACCGGAACCCACCCCUCGGAGUCGAAGUCUUUGCCGACUCAGAGACCAGCCGCGUGAAAUUCGACCCGCACGAAGUCGUCCGCCUUUUAAAGGAGCAUGCACCCUCCGCCGUUCAGCUGUACCUUGAGCACCUGGUCUUUAAGAAGAACCUUGACCGCUACGCUGACGACCUCAUCGGCUAUUACCUAGACUCCGUCCUAUCGGUUCUCGAGUCCAGCCCUGAGGCCAAGGAGUCGCUCGCACAGACCUACACUGUGUACCGCGCGCUGCCAAGCCCGAAGCCAACGUACCUGAACUUCAUCCGCGACAAUGCUCCACCAGAACCAUGGUGGCAGAGCCGUCUACGUCUACUUCAAUUACUUGGCAGCGGCGGCUACGAGACAUCAUCCAACAAAAAGGAACUCCCGUACUCCGUGCCCCUAGUGCUUGCUCGCCUCCAACCAUUCUCCUCGUACCUCGUCUCCGAAAGCAUCAUCCUCGACGCCCGUCAGGGUCGCCACGAAGAAGCGCUCCGACUCCUCACCCACGGCCUCGGUGACUACGACUCCGCCGUGCGGUACUGCUAUUUUGGCGGUCCCACUGUCUCUUCUGGUGUCAUCGACGCAAGCUCGCUUCCGCCUAGAGCACAGCAAGAAUCGCUUUUUGCGUAUCUCUUCCAGGAGUUUCUGCAGAUUGCAGACCCUGAAGAUUGUCUGGAGCAUACGUCCCAGCUGCUUGGAAAGUUUGCGACGUACUUCGACCCUCUGGAGAUCCUGCUAAAGGUGCCGGAUGAGUGGAGUGUGGGUAUGCUGUCGGAGUUUCUGGUGAGGAGUUUCCGUGCCGCAACAUCGAAGAGGAAUGAGGCGGUCAUCGUGAAGGCAUUGAGCGCGGCGCAGAAUCUGCAGGUGCAAACGCAGUGGGUCGAGGCGUGUGAGAAGAUUGGUGCUACUAUUGAGGCUGAGAAGGGGCUCGAUGGUGGUGCUGGUGGCGGUGAUGCUGGAAUGGAAGGCCUGGGCGAGCCAGGACCUGAAGUUGAUCAUAACAUCGAGGUGUCCUAA